CGCUCUGCGCAUGCCUGAAUGAAAAGCCCCGGACGUUGCCUCUGAAGUGCAGCAGCAGCGGACGGAAGUGACGUCGGGACGCCUUGUGCUUCCGCUGUGAAGAAGAAGCUCUGAGGGGGCAGAAGCGAUGAUCAGGGAAAAUAUGGCUGCAGAUUGGCUUGGAAGCAUUGUCUCAAUCAACUGUGGAGAGAGCCUGGGAGUCUAUCAGGGAAGAGUUUCUGCUGUGGAUCAGGUCAGCCAGACCAUCUCCUUAAAGCGGCCUUUCCAUAAUGGUGUUAAAUGUUUGGUACCAGAGGUCACCUUCAGGGCAGGUGACAUUACUGAACUGAAGAUCCUGGAGAUUCCAAGCCCUGGUGAUAAUGGGCAAUGUGGAGACUUUCAGCACACUGACCUUUGUAUUCCUGGCAUUGGAUGUCCAGGGGGUACCAGCCAGAAUGGCCCUGGCAAAUUGCCAAAGAAACCUGGUGCUUCUAGUAGUGCCCCACAGAAUAUCCCCAAGCGAACAGACGUUAAAAACCAGGAGGCUGCCAUUUCUCCCCAGCAGCAGCAAUGCUCCAAGAGCUAUAUGGACCGGCACAUGGAGUCCUUGAACCAAUCCAAAGGCUUUCGCCGGAGGCACAACUCAUGGUCCUCCAGUAGCCGCCAUCCAAACCAGGUGACUCCAAAGAAGAGUGGUGUGAAGAAUGGGCAGAUGAAGAACAAAGAUGAUGAGUGUUUUGGGGACGACAUUGAAGAAAUCCCAGAUACAGAUUUUGAUUUUGAAGGGAACCUGGCCCUCUUUGAUAAGGCAGCUGUGUUUGAGGAGAUUGACACUUUCGAGAGGAAGAGUGGGACUCGCUCAAGAGGCACUCCAAACGAGAGAUCUGCACGCUAUCGUCACGAUGAGAAUAUCUUGGAAUCUGAGCCUAUCGUGUAUCGCAGAAUCACUGUGCCCCAGGCAAGCAAAGAAUUCUGCACUGACUCUGGGCUGGUUGUUCCAAGUAUCUCCUAUGAGCUUCACAAAAAACUUCUUUCGGUGGCAGAGAAAUACGGGCUCACCCUUGAACGGAGACUGGAAAUGACGGGGGUAUGUGCCAGUCAGAUGGCCCUGAGUCUGCUCGGAGGGCCCAACAGGUUGAAUCCAAAAAACAUUCACCAGCGACCCACGGUUGCCUUGCUGUGUGGCCCUCAUGUGAAGGGGGCUCAGGGAAUCAGCUGUGGUCGGCAUCUUUCCAAUCAUGAUGUGCAUGUCAUUCUCUUCCUUCCCAACUUUGUCAAGAUGCUGGAAUCGAUCACCAAUGAGCUGACACUUUUCAGCAAGACCCAAGGCCAACAGGUGUCCAGUGUCAAAGAUCUUCCAGACUCACCAGUUGACUUGGUGAUAAACUGCUUGGAUUGCCAUGAAAAUGCCUUCCUGAGGGACCAGCCUUGGUACAAGGCUGCUGUGGACUGGGCCAACCAAAACAGAGCCCCCAUCCUCAGCCUGGACCCCCCGGUGAAUGACAUGGAGCAAGGGAUCGACGCCAAGUGGUCUCUGUCCCUGGGGCUGCCACUGCCCCUAGGUGAGAGGUCUGGGCGCGUGUACCUGUGCGAUAUCGGCAUUCCACAAAAAGUCUUCCAAGAGGUGGGGAUAAACUACCACUCACCUUUCGGCUGCAAGUUUGUCAUCCCUUUGCACUCUACCUAAAGUGGGGAGGGGGGGCGGCUUUGGCCCUGAAGAGGAAAGUGGGGGCAGAACCGCCUCAAACCACACGACUGAUCCUGACUAUAUUAAAACUCUUUGAAGCCUUAAGGAUGUUGGAAGUUCUCAACUGUGUUUCUUUCAAGAGAAAUAUCAGUACUGAGGAGAACCAAGAGGGCUCGUGCUCCUCUGAGCCUUUGAUGACCUCCCAAUGCCAUGAAGGAACGCAGAGGCAGCUGGUGUCUUCAACCAGCUCGACAAGUUGGUGGUGGGAAGGCAGGGUGCGUGCUUGCUUACACAUGCAGGUGCCCCUGCCCGUUCAGAUAUGCAGCUAACAGUAUGGUUUCGUUUUCCCUCCCCCCCCCGCAGGACUGGCAGGGGGUAUGUGUCCCCCUUGCUGAUCAUGUGGGAAUGAGGGCUGUCCUGCUGCCGCCAGCGCAUCCCUCUCUUGUGCAGCUACAGCCCCGUCUCUCAAGCUAUAUGGUACAUUGGCUUGCUCAGCCUAGGCAGGUGGUGGGAGGCACCUACUUCUCCUGCUGGCAGCUUGGAGUUUGUAGAACAGCAAUUGUGUCUCUUGAGCCACUGCCAGCACACACUUGUUUCUUUUUUGCUUAUUUGAGUGAAUGAUAAUGUGGUUGCAAUACUUGUGGCUUAAAAGAAGACUGAGGAAGCAGACUCAUUGGUGCUGUCACUUGUGCUUCUCCACAAGUAGUGUCCUGCCAUCUUACUGUAGAAUUCACAUUGCUGGUGUCUGCUCCUUUAAAAAAAAAAAAACCUACUUCCCAGGGCCCGUGUGUGUGAGAGUGUGUAUGAGAGUAUUGAGACUUAGCUGCCACUGGAUAUGAAACCCAUAGAAAAAUUCAUGUUCAUGAUGGUGGCACUACCUUGUUCCCUCUCGGUAUGUCCAGAACAAGCACAUGGCUACACUUUCAAGUGAAGCAAUGAAAUGUGAUGGGGCUUUGUCUAGCGGUGCAGAACAGUUGCAAAGUGGCAUUGGAACAGAAGCGGCUUAAGAUGGAAAGGCCUGUGAAGUGAGCCAAAUGGCCAAGCAAAGCCGCCUCUUCCUGCAUGUUGCUUUUGCACUCUCAUCUGGUCCUCUUGUGCUUCAGGCAUGAGCUUGUAUAAUGACCCACUGGUGAAUUGUGCAUCUCAGCUACUGACUGCCCCUCUCCCAAUGUGCCGUUCUUCAGUGGGAAGGACACAACAUUGUGUUGCUCUCUGGGGACCAACUCGUUGCUGUCACUGGCUUGUUCUUAUUCCAAAUGCUGCCACAGCAGAACAUUUUGGUUUGUAGCCAGGCUUUUCCUGGAGUUCAGGGGUGCAACACACUUAAGUAGCUGAAUACCUGUUAGCUCUGAGAAAUCAGCUGUGCUUUGACCUUCUUGUCUCUAAAGGUGCCAUACAGAACUCUCACAAAUAACAAUGAUUAAAAUGUGCAGCAAAGCA